AAACUAAAACUAUAGAAAUAUGUAAUUUAUUCCUUGUUGAAAUAAUAAUUUCUCUACUAGUUAAUAGAUGCUCAUAUUGAAAGUUACUCAAAUUUUAUUAUAGAAAACGUGUUCUUGGAAAAUCAAGUUUAUUUUUCAAAAAUUCUAACAUUUAGUUUCAAUUGAAACCAAGUCGAUUCAAUGCUGAAUAGCGUGAAGUUAUAAGAUUUUUUUAGAAAAAGUUCAGCUUUACCAUAUUCGAAAACUUAUUUUAUUUUUAAUUACUUCAAUUACGAAAGAUUUAUAGUUAAAAAUAGUGUUAAUUGUAAUUUACAACAAAUUCCAAAAAUAAUGGAAUUCAUUUAUUAGAAUUAGAGGCUGAUUAGAAUAAAGAAGAAAUGUUAAACAUUUGACAUAUUUUCCUAACCUACAUGUAUAUAUGAUUUGUUUGUAAUUUAGCAUUAUCCUGUGGACUUCAUCAAUUAUUCAAGACGAUAAAUAUGGGAAAGAAAAAGAACGAAUUUGGUCAUCUUACGGUCGAGGAACGAAAAGUUAUAACAGUUGCUGAGGUGGUGCAAGAACUCAUUAAAGCACAUCAAAAUAGAAAAGAUGUGAAUCUAAAUUCGUUAAAAAAUAGAAUAGCUUCAAAAUAUAAUUUAGAAACUGCUCCUCGGCUAGUGGAUAUAAUAGCAGCUGUACCAAUAGAUUAUAAAAAAAUAUUAGUUCCAAAAUUAUUGGCAAAACCCAUUAGAACUGCUAGUGGGAUCGCAGUAGUAGCUGUAAUGUGUAAACCUCAUCGUUGUCCUCAUAUAAAUUUAACUGGUAAUAUUUGUGUCUAUUGUCCAGGUGGACCAGAUUCUGACUUUGAGUAUUCAACCCAAAGUUACACUGGGUAUGAACCUACUUCUAUGAGAGCUAUUAGAGCUAGAUACGAUCCUUUUCUACAAACUAAACAUAGAGUAGAGCAACUCAAGCAAUUAGGACAUUCUGUUGAUAAAGUUGAAUUUAUAGUCAUGGGAGGUACAUUUAUGAGUUUACCUGAAGAUUAUAGAGAUUAUUUUAUUAGAAACCUUCAUGAUGCUCUGUCUGGUCACAAGAGUAGCUCAGUAGAGGAAGCUGUUAUUUAUUCCGAAAGAAGUAACACUAAAUGUAUUGGGAUUACUAUUGAAACCAGACCUGAUUAUUGUUUAGAAAAACAUUUAUCAGAUAUGCUUAAAUAUGGCUGUACCAGACUUGAAAUUGGAGUGCAAUCUGUUUAUGAAGACGUAGCCUUGGAUACAAAUAGAGGACACACAGUAAGAGCUGUUUGUGGCACAUUUAAUCUUGCUAAAGAUGCAGGAUUUAAAGUUGUAGCUCAUAUGAUGCCAGAUUUACCCAAUGUUGAUCUCGAGAGAGACAUUGAACAAUUCAUUGAAUUUUUUGAAAACCCAGCUUUUCGAGCAGACGGUCUCAAAAUUUAUCCCACAUUAGUCAUUAGAGGAACUGGUUUAUACGAACUUUGGAAAACGGGUCGAUACAAGAGUUACCCACCCUCAGUACUUGUUGAUUUGAUAGCAAAAAUUUUAGCUUUGGUACCACCAUGGACUCGAGUUUAUAGAGUACAAAGGGAUAUACCUAUGCCAUUAGUGAGUUCUGGUGUGGAACAUGGUAAUUUGAGAGAAUUGGCAUUAAACAGAAUGAAAGAUCUUGGUUUGAAAUGUAGAGAUGUGAGAACCAGAGAGGUUGGCAUUACUGAAAUUCACGAAAAAGUCAGACCUAAUGAUGUUGAAUCAGUAAGAAGAGAUUAUAUGGCUAAUGGGGGCUGGGAGACUUUUUUGAGUUAUGAAGACCCUGCUCAAGACAUCCUUGUGGGAUUACUCAGGCUUAGAAAGUGUUCUGCUGAAAUGACAUAUCGACCUGAACUGCUUGGAGGUUGCUCCAUAAUUAGAGAACUCCAUGUUUAUGGUAGUGUAGUUCCAGUAAGUGGUAGAGACGAGAAAAAAUUCCAACACCAGGGCUAUGGGACUCUUCUUAUGAAUUGGGCGGAAGAAAUAGCAAUUAAAGAGCAUAAUUCCAUUAAAAUAGCAGUCAUCUCAGGUGUUGGUACUAGAAAUUAUUACAGAAAAUUGGGUUACGAAUUAGAAGGACCUUAUAUGGUAAAGAGUUUAAAGGAAGGGGAAUAUAUUAGUGCUUUCGAUUGUGUAGACGGAGCUAUUUUGAUGUUUGAUGACAAUAAAAAUUUAAUUAAAAACAUCAUUGAUACAGACGAAGAAGAAGAAGAAUGGCUAAGAAAGAUUGAUGAAGAAUACAAGAAUUCUAAGAAAGUUGAUGUUUAGAUUAAGAUUAAGAAAUGUUUCUAGUAAUAUUAAAUCAUUUUUUUGCUUUCUUGAAUUUAUUAUGCAAAA